UAGAGGGAGAGCUAGAUAGCGAACGUCGGAUCCUUUACUUGCCUCUGAACAGCCAGUAUUUCCCUGCCUUCUCGCCCAGCCGUUUUCCUCCCUACCCGUUUACCUAUUCUUUAUUUUUCUUUAACGCUGUGAUUUAUUUUCCUCUGUUGAGUACCAGUUUCAUUUUCUCCUAUUAGUCAGCAAUUAUUAGUUUUUUUAAAAAUAUAUUUUUACGUUGUGUCAUCCUCCAUUUGGAUUUGUCCGACAGCUGAAGGAGCGUGGAUGAACAGAUUUGGUAAAAACUGGAGAUGGAAUUGCUCAUAAUAUGCCUUUCCUUUUGGAUAUUGCAAUGCAAUUCAGUGAGAGCGGACUCCAUCAUUCACAUCGGUGCCAUAUUUGAGGAAAACGCCGUGAGGGAUGAGGAGAUUUUCCAGUUGGCCGUCUCAGACCUCAGUCUCAACGACGAUAUUUUGCAGAGCGAGAAAAUCACUCAUUCCAUAAAACAUAUCGAACCAAACAACCCCUUUCAGGCAGUACAGGAAGCUUGCGAGCUGAUGACCCAGGGCAUCCUGGCGCUGGUGACCUCCACGGGCUGCGCCUCGGCCAGCGCCCUGCAGUCGCUGACGGACGCCAUGCACAUCCCGCACCUGUACGUGCAGCGCAACAGCGAGGGCUCCCCACGCACCGCCUGCCAGCUCAACCCCAGCCCCGACGGCGAACGCUACACCCUGGCGGCCCGCCCGCCUGUCCGCCUCAACGACGUCAUGCUCCGACUGGUGACCGAGCUGCGCUGGCAGAAGUUCAUCGUCUUCUACGACAGCGAGUACGAUAUCCGAGGCCUGCAGAGUUUCCUGGACCAGACGUCUCGACAGGGCUUGGAUGUGUCCUUGCAGAGGGUGGACCGGAACAUCAGCCAGGUCUUCUCCAGCCUGUUCUCCACCAUGCGCACGGAGGAGCUGAACCGCUACAGAGACACACUGAGGAGAGCCAUACUACUGCUCAGCCCCCGAGGGGCCCAGGUCUUCAUCCAUCAGGCUGUUGAAACCAACCUGGCCUCCAAGGACAGUCAUUGGGUGUUCGUAAACGAGGAGAUCAGCGAUACGGAGAUCCUGGAGCUGGUGCACAGCGCUCUGGGCCGGAUGACGAUCAUUAGGCAGAUCUUCCCGCUGUGGAAGGACAGCAAUGUGCGCUGCAUGAGGAACAACCACCGCAUCUCCUCCCUGCUCUGUGACCCACAGGAGGGCUACCUGCAGUCUCUGGAGGUGUCCGACUUGUACCUGUAUGACAGCGUGCUGAUGCUGGCCAACGCCUUCUACAGGAAGCUGGAGGACAGGAAGUGGCACAGCAUGGCCAGUCUCAACUGCAUACGAAAGUCAACCAAGCCUUGGAAUGGAGGCUGGUCUAUGCUAGAGACCAUCCAGAAGGGCCACAUCACCGGGCUCACUGGAACGAUGGACUUCCGGGAAAACGGCUCCAAUCCACAUGUGCAGUUUGAGAUCUUGGGAACCAGCUUCAGCGAGACCUUCGGAAAAGACGUCAAGAGGCUGGCGACAUGGGACUCAACCGGGGGUCUUAACGGAAGUCUGAAGGAGAGUCGCAUUGAGAAUGGCAUGCAAGGAGUGACGGUCAAAGUGGUCACACUGUUGGAGGAUCCUUUCGUCAUGGUAGCGGAAAACAUUCUGGGACAACCCAAACGGUACAAAGGUUUCUCCAUCGAUGUCCUCGAUGCACUGGCCAAGAUCCUGGGCUUCAAGUACGAGAUCUACCAGGUGUCAGACAGCAAGUAUGGCACCCAGCUGCCCAACGGCUCCUGGAAUGGCAUGAUCGGGGAACUCAUUAACAAGAGGGCAGACCUGGCGGUCUCAGCCAUCACCAUCACUCCGGAGCGGGAGAACGUGGUGGACUUCAGCAAGCGCUACAUGGACUACUCCGUGGGCAUCCUGCUGAGGAAGCCCGAGGAGAAGAUCAACAUCUUCUCGCUCUUCGCGCCCUUCGACCUGGCCGUGUGGGCCUGCAUCGCCGCCGCCAUCCCCGUGGUGGGGGUCCUGAUCUUCGUCCUGAACCGCAUGCAGUCGGGCCGCGCCCAGAACCCCCCCACCCCCCACCAGCAGCCCCCGGCCUCCGUCUCUAACUCCCUGCACAGCGCAAUCUGGAUCGUCUAUGGAGCCUUUGUGCAGCAAGGAGGGGACUCCAUCGUGAGCUCUGUGGCCCUGCGCAUCGUGAUGGGCAGCUGGUGGCUCUUCACCCUGAUAGUCUGCUCCUCCUACACGGCCAACCUGGCAGCCUACCUCACCGUGUCUCGCAUGGACAACACCAUACGGACCUUCCAGGACUUGUCGAAACAGAUGGACCUGGCCUAUGGGACGGUGAGGGAUUCUGCCGUGUACGACUACUUUAAAGCCAAGGGCACCAACCCUCUGGAGCAGGACAGCACCUUCGCAGAGCUUUGGAGAACCAUCAGCAAGAACAACGGUCACGACUACUCUGUGUCCAGCCCUUCAGAGGGCAUCCGCAAGGCGAAGAAGGGGCCGUACGCCUUCUUGUGGGACAUGGCUGUGGUGGAGUACGCAGCCCUGACGGAUGACGACUGCUCCAUCACCGUCAUGGGGAACAGCGUGAGCACCAAGGGCUACGGGAUCGCGAUGCAGCAUGGCAGCCCAUACAGGGAUCUCUUCUCCCAGAAGAUCUUGGAGCUGCAGGAGAAAGGCGACCUGGACAUCCUGAAGCAGAAGUGGUGGCCGCGGACGGGCCGCUGCGACCUGAACAGCCUGACCAACGCGCAGCCAGACGGACGGGCGCUCAAGCUGCACAGCUUCGCCGGCGUCUUCUGCAUACUGGCCGCCGGGCUCCUGCUGGCCUGCCUGGUGGCCGGCCUGGAGAUGUGGUGGAACAGCAACCGCUGCCGGCAAGAACAGCCCAAAGAGGUUACUAAGGAUUACAGACUGGCAAGGGUAUCUGGUCCAUUGACAUAUAAUGAUAUUACAACUGCUUCAUCGGAAGGGAGGAAGGACAUUUGGACAGAGAGAGAGAGAAACUGGGAUGAAGCAGAAGCUAUUGACACAGGACAAGGAGGUGAAUCUGGAACAGGUACACCGGCGUAUGAACAGUCUUAUGGACGAGGACAUGGCGCACAAGCAGAUCCCCGCCCCGUCUAUCGAGAUCUCUGCGCUGGACAUCGGCAGCAUUCAGCCCAGCCAGCCGCUGGAGUCUGUGCGGGACUACCCGGGCACGGGGCUGUCUGUGAGCACCUUCCUCCAGGAGCAGGGGCAUGGGGUGGGCAGGACGCUAGCACAGGGCCCUGGCAGCACCCUCCCCCUGCCCCUCAGCAGCUCCACCAUCCCCUCCAUCCAGUGCAAACACAGGUCCCCCAACGGGGGUCUCUUUCGUCAGAGUCCCGUCAAGACGCCCAUGCCAAUGUCAUACCAGUCAGUUCCCGGAGGACCCAUCCCAGAAGCCAUUGAGUCUACCCACAGUACUUCCAUCUGAGCCCCCCUCCCCCGUCCAAUCACAUCGCAUCUCCUCCAGCUCCAGUUUGGUGAAAAAAAAAAGAAAAAGAAACAUAAAAAAAGAAAAUGGGGAAAAAAAAGGAAUAAAAAGCAGAUUUUUAUUACCAAUUCACAAAAAAAGCGAAACAAAAACAUGAAGAAAAUUGUUCAUUUUUUCUUGUACAUAUUUGUAAAUACUGAAAGAAUGGAGUGAGGUAAAAGUGUAUUUUGAAUAUUCUCAAUUUUUGAAGUUGAGUUAAAAAAAACAAAAACAGAUAAAAAAUUACAAAAAACGACUGUUUGAAUGGCUUUGUAAAUUUUGUUCUAUAUAAAUAAAGCAAAUUCCUUGUGAUUGUUUUCUAAGUGCCCAGUUGAAAGAUGUCUCUCUGCCAAUUAUUAUUAGAUCAAUUGUACUCUAUAGCUACUUAAAGCAGAACACCAAUGGUCAUGCACUUCUAUGAUAUUCAUAAAUCUAUUCUUCAGUAUCAGAGGAAAACAUUUCCAGUGUACAUGGUUUUGCUUGUAAAAUGUUUCCUGCUUUUUUUAUAUUUUAUGUUUUGAAGAUCAAUUUUCAAUCAUUGAUAUUUCCACAGAGCAAAGUAAUGUUGGGAAUAUGACAGCAGGUUUCACUUGUGAUUUGAUUCCCAUGGGCUGCCAUUUUAACUCACAAAUUAAAGUUAUAUUGCCUACAUUGUUAAAGAAGUCUGAUGUUGUAGUCCGUAACCCAGGAGAACAGCAACUUCCAACAAAUAAAUAAAUUAAGAAAAAAUUAAGAAAUGUGAUGGGCAUAAAACGUGAUGAGAUCUGCCUGAAACCUGCGUGUAAAACUGGCUGUAAUGUUCAGAAAUGAAUUCACAAUUAAAAGAUGAAUCAAUUUUGUGUAAAUUAAGUUAUAGGUAUAUCCAAGCCAUUGUACAUCGAGUUGUUUAUUGGGGUAGGGCUAAGCAUAGUCUAACUGCAGCCUAAGGACCUAUUUUCACCAUUCAAACACACUCCUCAUUUCCACCAUCCAUUAGAAAAGAAGCAUUGACAUUCUGUGGCUGAAGUGUGAGAGAUUUGCAGACAUUGUAUGUUUGUACAAUUGAGCCAAAUAACAUUAAAAAUGGCAGCAUUUUGUAUGUUUACUGUAACAUUCAUACAACAGAACUAGUUUAAAUUAAACCCCUAUCUACCUGAGAAAAUUCAUGGUUGAGACCUGCUUUAUUCCUAGAAUUGCAUCAUGAGACACAUUAAAAAGGAAAUGUUAGAAAUAUUUUAUUAAAAAUUUUAAAGUAUAUAAUGGCUUAUAGUAAAAUGGUCCUUUCAUACUGAAGUAUUUGUGAGAGUUGUAUACUGGUUUUCCCCUUCAUGGACAGUCAAGUAUUAUAUACCACUAAAGGAAGAAUGGUCAUUGUUUGAUCUAUUUUUUUAAAUCCGUCAUCAAUCCAAUCCCUAUAAGUAAACCCAAUACAGAGAGACUAAUAUAAUGAGAGUAGUAUAAAUAACAAAAUGGUAUAUCUUCUUUAAACACUCAGCGAUGAUGUCUUAACUGAUUGUUAUGUGACCUGCAGUAUUAUUUACACUGAGGGAUUCUUUAUCCACAACUAAUUUUUACAAUUUUCUGUGGAUUAAAGGUUAAAAAGGAACAAUAUCUAAUGAAAAUAUGGUGUGGUAUAUACAAUCUUUAACCAAUAGUUUCAUAAGUGCAAUUAAAAUGCAAUCAUAUGUUGUCCUAUGGAGACAUUCUAUUUAUUUCUUAGUGAACAUUGGACCAGUUAUGGUUCUUUUUUCUUUCUUUUUUAAUACUUCAGAUAUUUGACAUUUGAAUUUGAAACACUGAAUCAUUCAUUGCCAGCAGAGAACUGGUUUGGCAGGGUUUUGAUAUAUAAUUUAAUAAACUGAUGAAUUUGUCUAUUAAAUUCUUUGAAAGGGAUCAUAAGAUUUACUGUAACAUGGUAUAUACGUAUAUAAAAUUUACAGCUUAAAUUUACAGCAUAGUUUAUUCUAUUUUAUUUUCCUAUGAAGCAACUGACCAGUCUUGAAUACGUCAAAUUGAACAAUAAGCAUAUCCCAUGCUGAUACAACAGUAAUGUACAGACAAAUGUGAUUAGUACUGACUUGAUAAUGACAUGAAGUACUUCAAAUAAGAUCAAAAUAGUCCAUGCCUCUCCAUUCAUACUAUUCAGAUUGAGCUUAAGCAUUACGACCACUACAUUUUGUACAAGCAGUUAUUGAUGUGAGCCAAAGUGAUUCAAUUUACACUGUGCAGUUCUGGUGGCCUGGGCUUUUAGAGGCUUGGACUGUGUUGAGAAGGAGACUGUAAGGUUACUGUAGGGUUAAUUGUGUCUACACUGCCUUACUUUGUGUCUCCUUCACUUCAAAUAGGCUAAUAAUGGAAAAAUAAUUUUCAAUGUUAUCAUGUUAGUCAGGAAUAUUACAUCUGAAGGAGACUCAUAUUUUAUUUAUGGAUAUGCUGCUUGGAGUUUCUUAAACUUUAAUAAAGAAAUAUGGUUGA